CGCUCGCGCUUUUCAUCCUUUUCUAUUCUCCCUUUCGCGACCGCAUAGUGUGUGCGCGUGCGUGCGUGCGCGGAUCGCCGAGCCCCGUUUCAUUCUCUGCUGCCAGGAGACGCGCAUCUCUUUUAUCGCCGGCAAACAGUCAGUCAGCUCCAAACUGCCUCCAUCUACUGGGUUUUAGCUCAACAUUUGUUGCCGGGUUUUCUCGACUCGCAGUGCUGCCCGCCGGGUUCCGCUUGGGGAAAAAACGGGAGGAGACGCGAGUACCGACUGGGCGUUGCUGGAGGAAAAGCGCUAGACUCGGUCAGCCAUAACCAUCUGAUAGCAGUAGACUCCAACUAGUGGACUCCUGGGUUCCUAAUUCCUCUUCUGCUGAGACGGACCUCCAGGACUAGGACAAGAUGAAACCGGAUGGUGUUGACACGGCAGCAAUGGAGCCAAUGGAAGCAUUAAACGCAGGUCCUGCAGUCGAGGUGGUGCCAGUGGGUGAAGCUCAGGAACAGGCUUUGCCUGCAACGCAAACAGAAGGUGAACCGCAGCAAACAGAGGCAACCAACAAGACCGAAAAGGACAAGCCCGUGGAUCCCAAAGCUAAGACGAAGUCUCCUGCCAAAACAAAGACAACCACCGCUGGAACCAAGGCAUCUACAACCAGCUCCCGUCCCACCACUGGCCAAAGCCGCCUGACAAACGGGGCACAGAAGUCGCAAGCUAAUGGCGUCACAAAAAAGACCACCACAGCAGGCCUGGAGAAGAAAACCUCAAACACUGCUGCCACUAAAAAAACAAUUAGCUCUACUUCUGCACCCACAACCAAGACCCCAACCAAGCUGGCUGAGAAAAAGCCGGUGGGGACGGCGAGACCUGCCAGUGCUCCAGCCAAUGGCGUGAAAACAACAGGGGCCGCACAGCCCAUCAAGAAAGCCCCCGCUGCACCAGCCAAUGGUCUGAAGUCUAAACCAAAAACUACAGCUCCAGCUUCAGCUCCAAGACCCGCCACUGCGUCCACCACUAAGACCAGCACCACUGGCUCUCCCAAACCUGAUAGGCCACCUGUCGCCAAGACAACCAGGUCUGCUGGCUCUGCUCCUGCUGCCCGUUCAUCCCCUGCUGCCCCUAAGCCUGGGACACCGACAACUGCCAGCAAGACAGCCACAUCCAGGCCAACUACUGCGACACCCAAGACACCAUCUACUACUGCUAAACCUUCUCCUGCUAAAACCACAGCGCCAUCUGCUGGCCGCACUCCCACUCCUAAGACCACAACACCUGUCAAGAAAGAUGUCAGUAAGCAGCCUUCUACUCCAGCAGCCAAGAAGCCCACUUCUUCUCCGCUUACCCGACCAGCACCAACCAAGACCACCAAGUCUAACACUCCUAAGUCAGCCUCCACUGUCAAGGCAGAAUCAGCCUCAAAAAAAAACACCACCCCCAGCAAGGCAGCAGACGUUAAGACUAGUAAACCCAAGGAGAGCAAAGCAACUCCUUCCAAGGAGGCUAGCGCAAGCCCCAAGACCACAGGCAGCAAGCCCAGCACCAAGACAAGCAGCCCAAAGAAGUCAGUUGGCAGUAGCACUCCAAUGCCAUUGAAGGGUGGCCCAAAAGCCUCCCAGCCUGUAGACGCAGCAGCCACAAAGGCUGAGAAAAAGGAUGUAAUACCCGCUGUGGUUGCAGCCACUACUGCAGCUGCUGCUGUUGUUUCUGUGGUGACCUCUGAGGUAGCACCUGAAGACUCAGCUACUGCUUUUGUUCCUGCUGCCGCUGAAGAGGCACCUGAGGACUUGUGUACCCAGGUCAAUCCUGCUGCCUCUGACAUGGAAUUAGAAGACUCAUUUACAACUCUAAUUCCUGCUUCCUCUGAGGACUCUAAAGAGGAUUCUAAAGAAAUGGCCACACAUGUCACUGCCCCUACCACUAUGGAAGCACCUGAAGACAAAGUUACACCUGUCAUUCCUCAUGUUGCUGAGGAAACACCUGAAGACUCUGUUACACCUUUAAGACCUGAAGAAACACCUGAAGACACAACUAUGUCUGUCAUUCCCCCGACCUCUGAUAAGGUACAAGAGGAAACUGUUUCACCUGUAAUUUCUUCAGAAGAAACACCCGAAGUAGUAACUACACCUGUCAUUCCUCCUACCUCUUAUGAGGCACGAGAAGAAACUGUUUCACCUGUCAUUCCUUCUGAAGAAACACCUGGAGAAAUAACUACAUCUGUCAUUCCUCCUACCUCUUAUGAGGCACGAGAAGAAACUGUUUCACCUGUUAUUCCUUCUGAAGAAACACCUGAAGACGUAACUACAUCUGUCAUUCCUCCUACCUCUUAUGAGGCACGAGAAGAAACUGUUUCACCUGUAAUUUCUGCUGCUUUUGAAGAAACACCUGAAGAUGUAACUACAGCUGUCAUUCCCCCUGCCUCUUACGAGGCACCUGAAGAAUCCAUUUCACCUGUCAUUCCUCCUGCCUCUGAUGAAAUACCUGAAGAAACAUCUGCAUCUGUCAAUCCCCCUACCUCUUAUGAGGCACCUGUAGAAAACACUUCACCAGUCAUUUCUCCAGCCUUUGACGAGGAUCCUGAAGACACCGUUACACCAGUUAUUUCUCCUGCUUCUGAAGAGGUGGAGCUUGUCUAUCCCCAGGACGUCCCCCAGAGCAUGGACACUUAUAAAUAUGACAAUGCCAUGUCUCAGCUGGCUGCUGAAGUAGACUUGGUCAGUCUGGAGGAGCCAGUGCCUGCUGUGUCUCCCCUGGGAACCAUAGUACUGUCCCCACCAUCCUCUCCCACCGCCCCACCAUCCAUGCCAGUUGAACUCCCAAGCUCAGCUCCCUUCCUGGGCUUGCAGGGUCCAGCUGAACCAUGGGCACAGAGCUCUUCACUGUACCCCAGUUCUGUGACCACAGAGAAUGAGGAGCAGGAUGAGGAAAGACAGCACGAUGAAGAAAGUGAGCAGGAUGAUGAAAAAGAUCAGGAUGACAUACAGAUGCCCUCUGCAGUUGAGAAUGUGAUCGAAGACUUUGAUCUGAUGGGCUCCGCUGGUGGGGAUCACAUAAAAAAUGUAGCUCCUGCCUCCCCCUUGCAAGAACGAGAAGAGACGGUGGAGAAAGCAGAAGAAGAGAUUAAUGAAGACAAUGAUGAGGAGGAGGAGGAGGAAGAUGAGGAGGAGGAGGAGGAGGAAGAAGAGGUAAAAGAGAUUGGCAUAAAGGAAUCAGUGCCCAAAACAGAGAAAGAAGUUGACCUUAAAAAGGGGAUGGCAGAUUUUGCCAGCUCUGAUUGGGGUAUGAUGCAAUCAGAUGACAUGUACAGCAGUAACAAACAUGACUCAGAAGUGACAUCUCCUUUUAAUGCUGAAGACAGCUGCAGUGCGAAAGAGACAGGUGACUUCAUCAUGACCGAGGCAGACAGGGAACAGCCAUUCACAGGGCCUCCUGGAAUCCAGUCAUUUGGAAGUGAAGAUGAGGAAGAGGAUGAAGAAGAAGAGCAUCUGAAGGAAGACAUGGAUCUAAUAUUAGAGCAUGAUGAUGAACAUCACAAACAACAGAAAGACAUGGAGGAAGAAGACGAAGAUGUAGAGAUGGUCCGCAGGGGCAUGGAUGAGAGUGCACUUGGGGUUAGUAGAAAUGAUGGUAACAAAGAAGAAGAUGACGAUGAUUACAGAGAGGAGAGUCAACUAGAUCUCAACAGCAUGGGUCACACUGCUCCAGCAACAUCUAUGCCUUUUACAGCAGCAUGGAGUAAUUCCAAUCCAUUCUCUGAUUCCUGGGCCCAGCCUUCUUCCGUCCUGUCUAAAUCAAACCUGUCAGCUUCAAGAGUUCAGGAUCCAGACACACUCACCACAUUCUCAGCUGAACAAGAUACACCCCCCAAAUCCCCAGCUGAGGCUUUUCUGGAUAUGAGUCCACCCCUGAUUCAGGCCUCAGAACCUCAGCCUGACCUCCAAGAGGAGACCGGGAGCUCAGUCCCAGUGGAGUCAGGUAUCUUGGCUCCUCCUGCCAUUGGAAUGUCCCAGUCCAGCACCCUCAGUGGAACAGCCCUGGCUGCCCAUAGCAGCAGUGAGACUAGCACACCUGAAGAGCUUCAAGAUUAUGACAGCAGCUCAGGUGUAGAAUCCCGAUCAGACAAGCAGCAGACACCAGUCCCUGCCAUGCAAACAGACAUAGAGCAGGACCUAGGUAUUCACCUUGAGCGAGGUGAUGGGGAGGAGGAAGAGGCAGAAACGCUGCCGGCCGAUGAAGUACUGGGUGAUGCCGCAACAGCACCAGCCUCUGUACCAUCAUCACCAUCAACCUCUGGUGAUGAGGCCAGUGAUACAGAGGGUGAGAUGCAAAUCAAUGAUCCUGAUGUUGCGGUUGAUGACAACGCCACAGAUCCUCACAACCUCGCUGCCCUGGAGGAAGAUGAGGAGGCUCCUGAACGCAUUGGAGAGGAAGAUGGUGAUACGCCUCAGUCAGCCAACUCUGUGGCCUCCUAUGGUUUUGACUGUUCUGCGUCCAUCUCCAAUGCCCACUCUAUGGCUGAGAGCUGUGGAAAGAGUCCAGGCAUCUUUAGCCUGGAAAAUGAAGAGCAGCUUCCGGAAGAGGCUAAGGAUCCCUCUUUCAUCAAGGAGCUCACCCUGCCAGCAGCUACCGCCUACAGUGAUGACUUGUUGGGCUGUCCAGUGGAUUUGCUGCCAAUCAGCGAGCCCACAGAGAGGGAUGCUGGAUUUGACGAGCACUACAUGCUGUGCAGUAAGACAGACCCAGGCGCUAUGGAGGAAAUGGAUCCUGAGUCCCCCAUGCACCUCUCACCCCAACAUGGGGACGAUUCUGAUGGCCAGCCACCGUACUACUCUGCUAUAUGUGAUAAGACUGAUAACUUUCUGGCAGGUAACGUAUAAAGUCCCUCUUUUGGAAUGCACCUGGUCUACCCCACGCUCCUACCCUGUGUCCUUCAUUUCUUCCAAAUGUGGGGUUGAAAUGAAUAGAAAUAUGUGAUAGAAAGAAUAGGGGAGCCAUCAGGUGAGGGAUUAUAGCUUUGUCUGAGCUGCUCUCUGUUCUUCUAUUACCACGGUGAUGGUUAUGAUUGUAUGGCUUAAACUUCUGUAUGUACAGUAGCUAUUCUCAUUUUCUAUUAGAAUGUACUUUUUAAAUAACACUGCAUUUCAUGGCACCCCUGAACCUGCAAUGUUAGACUAAGUUAAGUUGAUGUCCUUUAAUGAAAGGACAAAAAUGCAAAAAAAAAUAAACACACUUGGUGGACUCCAACUACCUUUGUAUUUAUCCUACUGUUUUUACCAAUCAAAUGUAAAUUUUUUAUACCUUGUUUUUUUUUCUUCUUGUUUUUAUUUGAUUUGUUAAGAUCCCUGUCUUACCUUAAUGUUUGUACACACAUCAGUUUUCCUGCACUGUAAAAGUAGCUUUACUGUCUUUUGAAACUUAUUUCAGCUUUCUCUUUUAAAAUGUGCUCCAGCACUAAUUGUUUUAGCAUUAAAUACAGGUUAGAUAUUCUUCAGAAGCUUUUCACGCUCACAGUGUUUGACAUAGGGAGGUGAAUGAGUGUUAGAUUGCAGGUCAUACUUCAUUUUUGGUUGUCUUUUAUUAGUUUUGAGCUACUGCUGCACAUCUUUGUGAAGGAUAACAUAGAUUCGCAUUGGCACGUAACU